CCUGCCUUCCAUUUGAACACGUUUUAACACAGCUGCCUGAAGAGAAGGAUAUCUCCCAACCAACCACCUUAAAGACAGACAUUUGACUUGGUCGACGCAGUGUUGGCAGCACUGGUUAGAGUUAACUAAAGGACGCUCAGAGUGUUUGGAUCAGCACCGUAUGCGCUCUCGCAGCGUCUCCAAGGGUGCGUGUGACCUCUGCCCUGUGACCUCUGAAUCCCGUUCAGCCUCCUCCCCUUCCCUCCUCUCCUCCCCCUUCCUCCCUCCCCUGAGUGCCCGUCAGCGAUGGUGCUGCAGACGCUCCUGCGCUUUGGGAAGCGGUUGCUGAGGGUGAAGGUGGUGGACUGUAACUCGGACGAAUCCCGUCUGUCCAGAUGUCUGAACACCUUUGACCUGGUGGCCCUGGGCGUAGGCAGCACGCUGGGCGCGGGCGUCUAUGUGCUCGCCGGGGCCGUGGCUCGAGAGAAUUCAGGUCCUGCUAUUGUGCUGUCCUUCCUGAUAGCAGCCUUAGCCUCCGUGCUGGCUGGUCUAUGCUACGCUGAGUUCGGAGCCCGUGUUCCCAAAACUGGAUCAGCUUACCUUUACUCCUAUGUGACUGUCGGAGAGCUCUGGGCUUUUAUCACCGGAUGGAACCUCAUCCUGUCCUAUAUCAUUGGUACCUCCAGCGUGGCCCGGGCCUGGAGCGCGACGUUCGACGAGUUGGUGGGAAAGCGCAUCGAGGUGUUCUGCAGAGAAUACAUGUCGAUGAAGGCACCCGGUCUGUUGGCAGAGUAUCCCGACGUGUUUGCUGUUCUCAUCAUCAUCAUUCUCACAGGUCUGCUGGCGUUCGGGGUUAAAGAGUCUGCCAUGGUGAACAAGGUGUUCACGUGCAUCAACGUCCUCGUCCUGUUGUUCAUGGUCGUCUCCGGCCUGGUGAAAGGAACUUUGAAGAACUGGCAGUUAGACCCUGAGGAGAUCCUACAUGCCAAUCAUACCAGCAACUCCAGUCUCAACCUCACCAGUGUCUUACCAACAGAAGAGCAGUUAGGAGUGGGGGGCUUCAUGCCGUUUGGUUUCUCCGGUGUCCUGUCAGGAGCUGCCACCUGUUUCUAUGCCUUUGUGGGGUUUGACUGCAUCGCCACCACAGGCGAGGAGGUGAAGAAUCCCCAGAGAGCCAUUCCCAUCGGCAUCGUGUCCUCGCUGCUCAUCUGCUUCGUGGCGUACUUCGGUGUCUCUGCGGCGCUGACCCUCAUGAUGCCGUACUACCUGCUGGACAGCAACAGCCCUCUGCCUGUAGCCUUCAACUAUGUGGGCUGGGGAGGAGCCAAAUAUGCUGUGGCUGUAGGCUCUCUGUGUGCUCUGUCCACAAGUCUGUUGGGUUCCAUGUUCCCUCUGCCCCGUAUCAUCUUUGCCAUGGCUCGGGAUGGCCUGCUCUUCUCCUUCCUGUCCCACAUCAGCGAAAGAAAAGCGCCCAUAACGGCCACAGUGGUUGCCGGGGCGUUGUCUGCGAUCAUGGCUUUUCUCUUCGAGCUGAAGGACCUGGUGGACCUGAUGUCCAUAGGAACGCUCCUGGCCUACACUUUAGUGGCUGCGUGUGUCUUGGUGCUCAGGUAUCAGCCGGAGCAGCCCACUGUGGUGUAUGAAAUGGCCAACUCUAAAGAGGAGGCGGAGAUGAGCGACGACAUCAGUGUCCCCAGUGUGGGCAUGCUUCCUGGUCUGGAGGAGAGGUUCAGCUUCAAGAUGCUGCUGUUUCCAGAUAAUCCUGAGCCGUCCUCGUUGUCAGGCUUCUUUGUCAACAUCUGUGCUUCUGUCAUGGGACUGUUGAUCCUGGUCUUCAGCGUGCUGGCGGUGCAGGGAGGCUCCGCCUCCUGGAACAUCGCAGCCCUCAGCCUCAUCUUCGUGGCGUGCCUCGUCCUCACCUUCAUCGUGUGGAGGCAGCCCGAGAGCAAGACUAAAUUAUCCUUCAAGGUUCCGCUGCUGCCGUUCAUCCCAGUGAUCAGCAUGUUUGUCAACGUCUACCUGAUGAUGCAGCUGGACAGAGGCACCUGGGUACGCUUUGCAAUCUGGAUGGCGAUAGGCUUUGCGAUCUACUUCUGCUACGGUAUUCGCCACAGCACAGAGGCCGCCACGGCUCGCUCGUCACCUGACACGGAGAUGAUGGACCUCAAGCGUGACCAGGAAACAGAAAGCCUGGCGCUGGAAAAGGAGGCCUUCCUUCAGAAUGGAGUCGAUGUUGGGGAAGAGGACGAGGGAGAUUUGUAGGGAAGCAUUUGAACAUGCUACGAACAUUACAGAUUCCCCGGAUGCCGUUCUGUCUGUGUAAUAGUAUUUCUGUAAGGACGACUGUAAAUCCUUCAGCGGCACUAACUCCUUGUUGGGGAGAGUGAUGAUAAAUAGGUUUGAACUGAAAUUCUCAGACCUGUUUUGUUCCCCUUCGAGUGCUGGGUGCAGCACGGACAGCUGGUUAUAAUACUUAUGUGAAAACAGAGCGUCAGCAGCCAGUCGGCACAAAUCAUUGUCAGAUACAUUUGGAGAUUCUAAAUUGACCAUAGGUGUGAGUGUGUGUGUGUGUGUGUGUGUGAAUGUUUGUUUUGUCUGACAUGUCCAGGAUGAACCCUGCGUCAGCUGACUGGAGACAGGAAACAUGUGACAUGUGACAUGUGACAUGUGAGGGAGACUCAGCGAUGAAACCAUAACGUGUGUCUGUUUGUGUUCGUUCAUAGUCGCUUCUUUGAAGAGUGUCUGAGUGACAUCACUGGCAUCUCAGCCGUGCACAGGACAGGACAGGACAGGACAGCGGCUGUCGGAAAGUUUUUAGCAUCAUAUCACAUCGGGUUAAAACUCUCUCAGUAUUACAUUCAGGCUGUAGGAUAUUUACAUUCAUCUGUAACUGAUGUUGAAACCCUUGAACAGUUCUACCUGACGAGCAGAGGCUCGCACGUCACACGCUGCAGCACACUGGGCUCGUCAGUGACAUCAUUACCCCUGUCCGUCAACAGAAUUGGUAGGCGGAGCCAAAGGAAAAACUGGCUUCAUGUGGUGGUUUUGAUUGAGGCAACAGAAGCAGCCGUACAGAGGAUCAGAAUGUGCGGAACAUGAUUUUAUACUGUAAAACCUUCUCAACUGAUCACUUUCAUGAUCUUUACAGGAGUAAAAUGAUGGCAGUUGUUGAAUGACACUCCCUUUGUGAACCCUGAUACAUGAUGAACGGCAGUUAGCAUCAGUUAUCACAGAAUAACGGUGGAUUUUCACAGUGCUGGCUGCUGUGGUGUGUUUUCUGUUGUUGUUGCUUCCGUAGCUUUUAACAUCUAAAACAAUACAAGCCAAUUAUUUUAUGAAUGUUAAAUUUGGAUUUAUGUAAACGUUACUUUACACAUUUUAUCAUGUUUGUUAAUGAAAACUUGGUCAUUUAUUGUGUUUGUCAGAUUUUUAAUCUGAAACUAAUGUUUACAGUUAAGUCAAAGCCUAAAAAGUUGUUUUUUUUAACCCAACCAACAAUAAAAAAAAUACAUCAUUUAAAUCAUUUAAACACAAGCAUAAUAAUUGAUUUAAAGUUUUUAACAUCAUAUAAUGAAAUGUCUUUUUUUUUUUUACCUCUCAUUUGUUUACUGUAGAAGCGUUGGUUAUCACAUGGAUGUAAAUGUUGUGUAUAUUUCUUGCAGUAAAUUAUUUGUAAACUGGAGAAAGGGCUAUUUGUCGAUGUAAAUGAAUCUCAUAAAUAUCUGGCUUCAGGCUAUUUGUCCGCUCUGUUGUUUGAUGUGUUACGUAUUCUGUCUUUAACGUUGACUUCAGCUAAGACGAUGUCAUGUAAACGUGAAGUGAACAGUGCACAUGUGAAAGUGUUUAGUUUCACAGAACUGGAAGGAGCUUCUUCCCCUCUGAUGCUGUCUUCAAGCUCUCGUUACCUUUCAUUUCUCAUCAUGUGUCAGUGAUGAUCGGCUGCUACAGGCGGCAUUUUACUGUCACUAAUUCAUCUUGUAAAACAGUGCAGUGAAUGCAAAUGUAAUGUAAACAUGGCUGACGGCACUCUCUGUACCACACACACACACACACACACACACAAACUUAAACUGCAGCAUGUCGUGUUCUCUGUCACAUAUUUCAGCUCCUUCACACUCCAGAUGUCUCACGUGACCUUUCCCACCAAAGAAGACUAAAGUCAAAAUUGUUCAUGUUCCAUUGUCACAUUGAAAAGUCCUGAGUGGGAUGUGUUGUCUUUGGUGCCGCCUGCUGGUGAAAUCAGAGCCUGCAGCCAGACAGCGUCAACAUGUGGACACGUGCUUCUGUAAAUGAUGAUUUCCUGGUGGCUUUGCUUGUGUCGCUGCUCUUUUUCUGUGUAAGUUUGUAUGUUUUCAUGAAAACCUCCUGUAAAUAAAAUGAGCUUUUAAAAAAACAA